GAGCCUGCGCGUGCGCAUUGCGUGAGCGCGUGGUUUUGGCGGGACCGUGAGCGAGCGAGCGAGCGAGAGAGAGCGAGAGCCGGAGACGCGAGACAGAGGCAGAGCAGAGCAGAGCAGAGCAGAACAGAACAGAGCGAAAAGGGCAGGACUUGAGUAGGCGGAUACACAGUAGAAGAUGACUACGGUUGAAGAAUCCUUUUUUUCUCCUAUUAGCCUUGUUUCUACUACAAAAAUGGGAAAGAAACAAGGUAGCAAGACAAAAAAAUCUGAAGAUGUUCAGCCUGAAGAAUAUAUUGUUGAACGAGUGUUAGACAGACGAGUUGUACAAGGAAGGGUUGAAUAUCUUUUGAAGUGGAAAGGUUUUACAGAUGCUGAUAAUACGUGGGAGCCAGAGGACAAUUUGGAUUGUCCAGAAUUGAUCCAGGAAUUUCUAGAUUCCCAAAAAGCCACCAAAGAGCGUACAGAUGCAUUCAAACGAAAAUCUGUUUCCGAAAAUGAAAGUGAAGAAAACAAGCCAAAAAAGAAAAAGGACCCGACUGACAAUCAACCAAGAGGUUUUGCCAGAGGAUUGGAGCCAGAACGCAUCAUUGGUGCAACUGACUCGAGUGGCGAAUUGAUGUUUCUGAUGAAGUGGAAGGAUUCUGAUGAUGCCGAUCUGGUCCCAUCCAAGGAAGCCAAUGUUAAGUGUCCACAGGUUGUGAUUGCAUUUUACGAAGAGAGAUUGACAUGGCAUUCCUAUUCUACAGAUGAUGAGGAAAAUUAACUGCAGGAUGUGUGUAACUGAAGGAUAUUGUGGAGAAAUGUUUGGAUGUACAGUUAUUGCCCCCAAGUUU